GCGGCGGCGCUCUCCCGCGUCACAGCGCCGGGCGGCGGCGGGGAGAUGCGGCUCCUGGAGCUGGUGGCGGCGUUGCUGCUGGCGCGGGCUCCGGCCCCGGAGGUCUGUGGGGCUCUCAAUGUCACCGUGUCCCCAGGGCCUGUGGUUGACUACCUGGAGGGGGAAAAUGCCACCCUCCACUGCCAUGUCUCCCAGAAGAGGCGGAAGGACAGCUUGUUGGCCGUGCGCUGGUUCUUUGCACGUUCGAACUCCCAGGAGGCCUUGAUGGUCAAGAUGACCAAGCUACGAGUGGUGCAGUACUACGGGAACUUCAGUCGCAGCGCCAACAGGCAGAGGCUGCGCCUGCUUGAGGAGAGGCGGGGGACUCUCUACAGGCUCUCAGUGUUGACCCUUCGGCCAGCAGAUCAAGGGCAUUAUGUCUGCAAAGUCCAGGAAAUCAGCAAGCACAGGAAUAAAUGGACAGCCUGGUCCAAUGGCUCCUCAGCAACAGAAAUGAGAGUGAUUUCCCUCAAAGAUUCUGAAGAUUCAUCUUUUGAGAAAAAGAAAGAAACCUGGGCAUUUUUUGAAGAUCUCUACAUGUAUGCCGUCCUUGUGUGCUGUGUGGGGAUCCUCAGCGUUCUGCUCUUCACUCUGGUCAUUGUCUGGCAGUCUGUGUUUCACAAGAGGAAAUCCAGAGUGAGACAUUAUUUGGUGAAAUGUCCUCAGAACAGCUCAGGGGAGACUGUCACCAGCGUGACCAGCUUGGCCCCCCUGCAGCCCAAGAAGGGCAAGAGGCGGAAGGAGAAGGCAGAUGUUCCUCCUGCAGUUCCUGCCAAAGCUCCAAUAGCUGCCACAUUCCACAAACCAAAGCUGCUGAAACCACAGAGGAAAGUCACACUGCCAAAGAUUGCUGAGGAGAACUUGACCUACGCUGAGCUGGAGCUGAUCAAACCCCACCAGCCUGCCAAAGGUGUCCCCACCAGCACCGUGUAUGCGCAGAUCCUCUUUGAAGAGAACAAGCUGUAGUGCCACCGUUUCCUCUCCUGUGGUUCUGUUAUCCCCACCACCCAGUUAUUUAUGAAACCUCAGAAACAAUGUCCCUAUUUUUAUAUUUUCACUUGUGCCUUCGCAUGUGGUGGGGAGUCCCUUCCCAACACAUUCCAGGUGCCUUGGAAGGUACGAGGCUGCUCCCCUGCAGAAAUAGGAGCUGCAGCCUUUGGAUGAAUCUCCCCAAACAAGCUGUUCUGGGGCCUGAGCCCUGGGGCAGAAGGACUCUGCUUCUGAGAGUACCUCAGGAGACUGCUGAGCCAACCUCCUACACUUUUUCUCUACUUUCCCCGGAUUUUAUUUUGUUAAAGUCUUUUUAAAAAUCUUAACUGUAAUCUGCCACCCUUCCUGUAUCUGUGAUAUUGAACUCCUGGUUUAUAGCUACAGGAAAUGCCAUUAUAGGCCAAAGUGUAAGAUGGUAGAUAUGUAGUAAUUGGUUUUCAAAGACUCAGAUAACAUUGCCAGGGCACCCAGAGCACAGAAACCCACUGAUGGCAAGCAGCCACUUAGGAUGGCAUCCAUUGUUUUAAAUAGAUGCACAGAUCCUGGUUGUUUAAUGGCAGAGGGAAUGAUUUGGGGAAAGCCUGAGGUUUGUCUUUGAAAACUCUGGUACCUCGUGAUUCUCAGAGGCUUCAGGUCAAGAAAGACACCAUUCUAAAGGUCUGCUGGUUUCAGCAGAAUGAACCUAGAUGGAUAGAGAAACAUUGCUUACCCUUUUCCAAAGAAACAAGUUUGCCAACAGUGGACACACUAGAGCAAGUGGGGCUCUUCAAAGUGUGCUGAGCUCAGCCGACUCACACUGAAUGCCCACUUGUGGGAAAGCAAGUCUUCCACCAGGUUCCCUCAGGGUGGGGGAAUCAGGAAUAUAAGCCAUGCUGAAAACGUGUGUCACGAAGACCCUGUGCUUGCCAAGUGCCUUGCCCAGCUCAACCUUUGACAUGAACUGUAGUGGGCUUGGGUGAGCAUCAUGGAUGUGUGGAACAUAAAUCCAUGAAGUUGCUCUGUGGACCUGCAUGAUGUACAGAAAUCUUGAACUCGCUGAAGAUGGAUUCAUUUAGGAGAAGUCAUCCUGUCACUCUGUUUUAAGGAUGUUUCUUGAUAUGUGAGUGUACUCUGGGUGGCUAUUUACUGCACGCUAUAGAAAUUGACUUUGUAAUGGACCAUUGUAUAUAUGAUAAAUUAUCUAUUUUAAAUACAGUCGGGGUAUGAAUUGUGCCCCCCUCCAUAUCA